ACAUGGAAGGUGUGAAAUCAUCAGCUGAUGGUGGAGAUGCAGAUAAUCAAUUGAAUUGUUAUGGCAUUGAAUUUCCCGAUAAUUGUGCUUCGUAUAAUGGACCACACAGUGUGGAAUGUCUUACCACUAUCUGGGAAUCAAAAGGUUGCUUAGCUGAAGGAACAAAAGCUCCAUUUAAAUUAAAUGCAGCUGAAAAAGAAGCUUUGGAUUUACUUAAUUUCGAUGAUAUUGGCAAUAAUUAUGAAACUACUCAUACUGAGGCUGAUGGUGGUGAUAGUGAUAAAGGAUUGGAAUGUUAUGGAGUUGGUUUGUAUAUGUUUUAAUAGUAUUGAUGUUGGUACAA